AGUAAAAAUGUCGUCCUUAACUAUACCGAGAUGGAAGCUAAAGUCCAUGAAGCGACAAAUAACGAAGCUUGGGGUGCUUCAAGUACUUUAAUGCAGGAAAUUGCUCAAGGCACCUACAAUUAUCAAUACUUUAAUGAAAUUAUGCCCACAAUCUAUAAGCGAUUCACAGAAAAGGAGGCUAGAUAUUGGAGACAGAUUUAUAAGUCUCUUGUAUUACUCGAGUAUUUAGUUAAAAAUGGUUCAGAACGUGUUGUAGAUGACGCUAGAUCUCAUAUAUCAAUGAUAAAAAUGAUGAAAAACUUCCAUUACGUUGAUGAGAAAGGAAAAGAUCAAGGCAUAAAUGGUAAGUUUUAA